GAAUACCUUUAAGACAUUCCGAAAACCACUGGAAUGCAUCAUGGCAACACUAUACGAUAUGAGAACCAGUUGUAAAUUCUACUCACAUAACCCAGAAACUGCUUCAUAUAAUUCAGUGUUCAUGUAUUGGUCCCAAUUUAAACUGGAUCAGAUCUUUAAAUUUAGUUGAAGUUAUCCUUCGUAGUUUUUGUUCUACCAAGCUAUGUUUUUGUCCAUUUUGCAGAACUGUAACACAAAAGUAAAUUAAAAGAUAUGGAUGAAUUACAUAUUAUGUAGGAUAUUUUCCUUUCAUAUUUUGGAUACUAUUCAUUAUAGUUCAUAAGUCCCAUUUGGAAUUCCUUGCUCACUGGUGCAGCCCAAAGUUUACAGGCACCCUUUCUCUUCUAUCUUUCAUGGGACUUACUGUUUGUUAAGGCAGUUACACUAAGAAAACAAAAACGCCCAUCACUAUUCCCUGUGAGGGGCACGUCAGGAAAUGAGGGGGUUAAAGUUACCUUACUCUUACGGAAAGGACGUUGGCGAACUGGUCUUUUGAACAUAAUGUGAAGUUAGGAAUAGGGUACUGAGUAAAGGCGCACAUCGAUUGAUAAAGUUGAAAAUCAUCGACUGAGGUAGUUAGGAUGUGUUACCUAUACCCGGUCACUGCCUAUCUCAACAGUCGAUGUUUGCUGGUAUAGGAGUAAAUUAGAAAAAAAGCUAGGAGUGACCGAACCAAAACAUGACAGCAGCCGUUGACUGAGUGACUGGUUGGGGGUCCGCAAAAAACACGAUCGGUCGAUAUUGUUCAUAAUAGUUCACAAAAGCACAGGUAGAUUCAUCUGGAUGUCGAGUAUCAGUAUUUCAUACACUUCCACUGUCUUCAUGAACCAUAAACUCAAUGGUUAGUCUUUCUCAUUAUCAUUACUGCUGCAUUAUUUCGGUCUCUUUUUCUUUCUGUCUUGUUAUUUUCAUCUCGUGCUGUGGUAUGGUAGCUUAGGCUGACUCAUAUAUCUAUUCCGGUCUCUACGUUGAUAAUGACUGAAUGACUAAAAGUGACAAUCUAGAAGUGUUUGAAAUAGGUUUCUCACAUGAUAUAAAGUGUUAGCCACUACCUAGUUCAACUUUCAGGAGUAAAAUAAUUGGUUAUGUUGAUUACUCCAUUCUGAUGUCCCAGUUCUGUUGGGUUAAUGACUAGCACGAUUUUGAUCAUCAUACAUAAGCCUCGUUUGCUUCUUUUUAGCUUUAUUUAUUUAAACACAAACAUUUGUACAAGGUGGCGCCAAGUAUAUAUGUGCCUCAUCAAUCAUUUGGUUUAUGUGAUACUGCCCGGGCGCUCAAACCAAAGCAGGUGAUUUUUUAAGGGGCAACACCUCGAACCUUUGACCUGAAGGUCUAAUCCACAAGGCGGUGGAGCAACAUUACAAGACGCGGUCACAUGGUAGUCGAUGGCCAACAAAUGGUUCAUACACCAUGCCGUGUAAAGGCAGUGAGUAGGACUUCCUUGACAGUGAUUGUAUACGCGUGGCCAUGUGAGAGCAUUUCGAGAGGGGGAGCUGACUCUCCCUACUCUUGGCCGUUUCAAGGCAUUCGGGGGGUUCAAACAAGUUGUCUGAUUUCUUCUAAAGUGGUGGGUAGUGCCGAGCAUCUCGUUGUUUCUUUUCUCUAAGAUAUUUCUGAUAGAAGAUAUGAGUGUGUUACAGGUCUGUAAUCGUAGGUGCUGGAGAAUCCCCGGCUUACUAAGUAUUGAUGUUUGGUGUUGAUUACUAGGUCGGGUUGUUGACCUGGUGGAUGAGAUAUUUCUAAAUAGAAUAGUAGGAAUGUGUCAAUUUACUAUGUAUUUUGGAAGAUUAAACUUUGGUAUCUGUCUAUUAAGCCACUAUGUGAAUCGUUUGAGUAUGUCAAAACUUCCUGGUUCAAACCUGGAAGUCGGUCUUAUUUAACAUUUAAAUUUUCACUUGCUUCACUGUUUUUGUCUUAACCUGUUGAUGCCAGUAGUAUGUCCUGUUUUAUCUCUCCAUGUUCAAGACCACGUUACAUAUUCAUUUUGGGAAGACAAGAUAAUAUUUUCUUUAGGUGAAAGUUGCGGUUGAUUUCUGACGUUUUACCAAGCUUUCCCAUUUUAAAACCAAUUAUUAUAAUAAAAUGCUUUUCUAAAUUCUUUAUACCAAAAUAAAUUUAUCGAUUAUUCAUUAUUGUUUCUUAGAUCCAUCUAAAUGGUGAUAUAUGGAUGGAGAAAGUGUGCGCAGUGGACGAAGUGAAAAAAGUGACCGUUCUCGUCGGUCAAAACGCAUUCAGCGGACGAGUAAUGUCACCUCCAGUCAACCCGCGUGUAUGUUCCAAGGACAAGUAAAAAGUGUGUUAGCUUCUCAUAACCAACCACUAGCUAUUGGCCAGAGCAUGCAAAAUGUGGAUACAGCUGUCCGUCAAUCUCAAUGCAAUUUAAUGCCAAUUGUCCCACAGCCUCAUAUGAGCAUGUUUCCGCAGCAACCAAUAGGAAUGCAACAGCCUAAUUCUCAUCCUUAUACAUUAGAAACAUGGAUUCCCCCUUUAAUGCCAAUGAACCCCAAUUUCUCCUCUUGUUCUCAGCCAAGCAUGUACAUCCCUAACGCUCAGAGUUGGACCGAUCAAUCUGUACAGCAGGUAUAUGCCCAACAAAUAAUUCAUCCGUCUAUGCCUUCUCCAUUCACCCGACCCCCAAUUUGUGCAGGAGUACAAUCAAAUCAACUUCAGUCACAACAGCAGGUCGGUUCUUUCAUACCUCCUGGACAACAGCAUCCUUUAGCACAUACUGCUGCAUCCCAUGUUUCGCCUUCCCAGAUACCUUCUCAACCAUCAUCACAAGUUCCAGAACCAUACCGGUCUGAGCGUUUUGACCCACAACUUACGAACCAAGAUGAAAAUGCUUGGGUUGAAGAGGCUACUGCUGUCACUGGCGCUACAAGUGAGACUGGACUCAGUGGCGACAAUUUCUCACGAUUUGGAGCACGUUACGGUCUAGCAACCUCACUAGGUAUACAUGCCAAUGGUGGUACCGGCUGUAAUAUUAGCGGUGCUGCAGCUGCUUUAAUACGAUCCGAAGCGGAUGAAAUAAAAAUGUUCAAAUGCUCACAUACAUUAAGUUUUGCCAUUUCUGCAUUUCUGGCAAUUGGUUCAUUACUGUCUCCAGUUCUAAUGCUUUUACUCCCACUUUUUCCGUUUUGGAUUGGAUGGUCGACCGAAGGGUGUGAACCAACUUGUGAAGGACAUCUCAUCAGUAUAUGUGUAAAACUUGUACUUCUCGCUAUCGCGCUGUGGUUUUUAAGUUCCCCUUGUCGACCAUUUUGUGGCAGUGCUACUGCCAUACUUCCACGUAUCCGUCUUUGUCGAACUCUUUUUCUUUGUCUUGUGUUAGUUGUUCUGUUUGCAUUUUGGUUGUUUUAUACUGUUCGUGUUAUACAGCCAAAGGAAUCUGAUUAUCUUUCCAUAGUAGUUUUUGCCGGCAGUUUGACGGAUACUUUACUCUUUUUACAUUAUGCCGUUAUCGCCCUUAUGGAACUACGUAGAAUCCGAUUUCAGUACGUCAUACACAUUGUACGUUCUCCAGAUGGAAUGUCGAGAACUUUGAAGUGUGGAGAGAUGUCGUUGCAGCGGGCGGCCAUAGAAGUUUUGCAGUUCUACAUGGUAGAAUUCACAGCUUACAACCCAAAUCAAAACUCAUCUUUCAACAGCGGGGGUGGAGGUAAACGUAAUCGUCGCGGUGGUUCUGCUUCUGGUAGUGGGAAUGGCGGUGGGUCCAAGUAUAAAUUUUACGAUGUAGAUAGUGGUGGGGCUGGUCUAGGUAAAUCAGAAAAUGGUGUUACGUAUACUGUUGAGCAGUCUGGUGCUAUUACUGCCCCUAGUGCUUCAGUUCGUUUGUAUGAGGAAAUUGAGUUGGAAAAAAGGAUACGUAAACGGCGCAUGAGACUACUUUUGGCAGUUGAGGAGGCUUUUACUCAUGUUAAGCGCCUUGCUGCUGAAAACCGCAAUAAUGAGGGAACUGUUGGUGUUGUUGAGUGUGAUCAAACCUUGGUACCUUUCAAAAACAAUCGAAGUAAUGGGAGGAUGUCAAAGCUUACUUGCUCUCCAGGAAAAUCUUUGGAUCCGUACGAAGCAGCACAAGCUGUUUUCCCAACUCUCAUCAGGCCGUUACAAAAGUAUAUGCGUGUUACACGUCAACAAGCUCGUCACCCUGUGGAUAUGGUAAUUGAUCAUCUUGCUCUUUGCUUAGCUUAUGGCCUGUCACCUCACGCUUUCUUGGAAAGAUUUAAUCCUUCGGCUGCUACACCACAACAAGACGCAGCCGCAGCUGCAGCAGCGAUUGCAACAGUGAAGAGAGCCAAGUAUCAACAGAAUAUCAAGCAAGUUAACACUUCAGACAAUCUAGAUCCAUAUCCUCUACUUCCUAAAUUAGUGCAUCCAGGCGGACAGCAGGUAUGGAGUAUUGUGGCUGAUCGGGCUCUGUCUCGUAGUUUAGCGGAUGGUGCCAUAUUUCAGCUUCGUCGUGGAAAUGAGCUGUCGUUACUUUGUACUGUUAGACGCCUGCCGCUUAUCUAUCUUAUCGAAGAAAUAUUAGAACCCUUGGAAGCAGGUAGAUUUGUCUUACGAACUGAUAAUGCAGUAUGACUUUUUAAUGGACUUCUACAAUGUUCAGGGAAUGUGAUCUCAUCCAUCUCAUUUGCUUUUUUAACCCAAUUUCGGUUUGCAUUUCUAAAUAUGCACCGGUAUUGACCAAUAUGCUGAUUACAUUGCUCGAUCCAGUUUUAUCCAUUCGUCAAUUUUUGCAUUUACAUGAAGUUCAGAAUUCGUUUGCUUCUCACACAAGUUAUUGUUUUUGGUCAGUCUAACAUUAUUGUUUGUAUUGCAUUUGAUUUUUUUGUUUUUGCUUUGUGUUUUAUGGAGCUGCUUUAUGUACGUCCAUCUUUUGAAGUUUACAGGUGCUUUUAUUUAUUUUCGAUGAUUAACUACUAGUCAUUAUAAUAAUUGUUAUGAAUCGAUUUAAAAAUCGUUGUCACAAGUUAUUAUUAACAACAGUAAUUUUGCCUUGCUGUUAAUUUUCUCUUUAUUUUUCUCUUUUUCUUUUUCUUGCAUUUCAAGCUUCCACUUGUCAUUUCCUAAGGAAUCAUGUAUUAAGUUUACUUCUAGCUUUAUUAUAAUUACUAUUCCCGUGUACCGGUUUAAUCGAUGUUAUUACCGGUUAAUGUCAAUAAUCUUGUUUCUUCAGUGGAUUUCGAUCUUUUGCUCAUCGAGUUUUUAUAAAAUGUAGCUGAGUAUAAAUGAGUUAAUAUUCUUU